UUUAUUUAGACUAUAUUAUAUACGAUAUAGUGUAACAUUAUCUAGUUGGCUUCACUACUAUGUUCGGACCACUCGCCAACUGUUUAUUUUACGUUUUAACAAUUCAAUUGGUUUAUGUUUAACAAAUUUUCGCGCCAAAAAAAAAAUACUAAUACGUAAAAUACAGUAUUUCUCAACGCUAAAUAUUUUAUGAAACGUGUGAUUGUCAACUUACCGUCACUGCCAAAAUCUAAUGCCAUCUAAAUCGAGCAAUUGUCGAUUAAAAUAAGAUUACACAUUUUACGCGCCGUCCAAUUCGAUCCACGUCAGUGAGCAUGAGCCACCACCAGCCGGUCGCGACGGCCGCGGUGUCGGUGUGGCGGCGGUUCUGGAGUGGCGUCACCGUCGAGCCGGUGGUCGCGUGCUAUAUGACGGCGUUCACGAUGGUCACGCUCACUGUGUCCAACCUGAACAUGCAGAAGGCAUGCCGCGUGAACCUCCAGCUGCCCGACGAGACGUGCGAGGCGCUGGUGACGAAGGCUGCGGGCGGCUAUCCGGCCGACGAGGUGGCCGUCCAGAAGCUGGUCACCGGCAUGAUGAUGUGGCAGACGUGCGCGCAGAACAUUCUGCCGUGCGUGCUCAUGCUGUUGGUGGGCGCUUGGAGCGACCGGACCCGGAAGCGCGUUCCAUGCAUGCUGUUGCCGCUCUACGGCGAACUAGCCCGGAACGCGGGCCAACUGCUGUGUGUCUACUACUUCUAUCAGCUGCCCAUGGAGGCGGCCGGAGUCGCCGAGACGAUACCGCUGGCCCUGACCGGUGGCCAGACCCUUAUGACCAUGACCGCCUACAGUUACAUCGGUGACGCCACUUCGGUGGGACAACGAACAUUUAGAAUUGGGGCAUUGAAUGCUGUUAUGGCUGUAUCUAUGGCUCUCGGAACGUCAAUGUCCGGCAUAAUAUAUAAUAAGUUAGGAUUCUACGGAGCAUAUGGUAUAUCGUCCAUGUUGAUUUUAAUAGGUCUGUCGUAUGGAUUAUUGUUUGUCAAAGAUGUGACGCCAGUUACGGAGGUGAAAAAAAAUAAAUCAUAUCGUACGACCAUAUCAGAAUUUUUAGACUUCAAACAAAUAACCCAGUCGUUCAAUACUACUUUUAAGAAACGUCCGAACAAACAAAGGAUUAGAAUUAUAAUUUUACUAAUUAUAUUCAUGGCAAGUGCUGGUAUAAAUGCUGGUUAUCAUACGGUAUGUUAUUUGUAUACUCGUGUUCAAUUCAAUUGGAACGAAGUAAAAUACAGUGUAUUUGCAUCUUAUGAAUUAGUAAUGAACAUAAUCGGUCUUCUAUUCACUACAUUUGUCCUUAGUAAGCAAUUGAAAAUUUCUGAUGAAAUAAUUGGAAUGUUGUCAUCGAUUAGCCAAACACUGGGUGCAUUAUUUUACACCUUCGCUUACAACGAAUCCCUUUUCUAUAUAGGACCUCUUGUGAACAUUUUAAUCGGUGCAGAAAAUAUAUCUACCAAAUCACUGAUGACAAAACUAGUACCAAACACUGAACUCAGUCAAAUAGCAGCUAUAUUUGGCAUUGCAGAAAUCAUGGUUUCAUUGGUGUUUGGUCUUAUGUACAACGGUUUAUAUGAAGCCACAAUUAAUAUUCUACCCGGUGCUUUUUAUAUGAUCACUUUCAUAUUCAGCGCCCCAUCUAUUGCUUUGUUCCUAUGGCUGUAUAUGAAGCGAAGAAAUGAAUAUGAAUACUUAAACGAGUCAAAUGAUGUAGUGCCACAUGAAAAAAGUGCAAGACUAAAGUCAAAAACUUUAAGUAGUUCUAACUAUGGUACGAUCGUAAAACCAUAACAAAACUAACAAAAAUAUGCGACUGAUUUUAUAAUACAGCAAACUCUCGUGAUGCUGAAUCUCAAGGGGAUUAGAAAAAUGUUCGAGAUAUCAAAAACUUCGAGAUAUCGAGUUUAAUUAAAAAAUUUAAAAUAAAUGAAAUACAAUAUGAAUAUGAAAAUGUAUAUGAAUAAUAAAUAAUACGAAUGCCUAAAAUACAUAGUUUGAAUACUUAAAAUACUGAAAUAAUUGAAA